AUGGUUGUGUGGACAGAAUUUGAGAGGACCACCAUCCAGGACAUCUUCUCCAAGAUGAACUACGAUAUCGUUGGUCAACAAGCUCUGGCAAGAUGUCUUAUCGUUUACCCCUGGACCCAGCGGUACUUCGGCAAUUUUGGAAACAUGUACAAUGCCGCUGCCAUCAUGGGAAACCCCAUGGUUGCUGCUCACGGUAAAGUCGUGCUCCAUGGCCUGGACAAAGCCGUGAAGAACAUGGACAACAUCAAAGCCGCCUAUGCCGAACUAAGUGUGCUGCACUCCGAGAAG